UCUUUGCCAAGAAAAAAGUGAUGUGGAUGAGAAGAGUGAAGAGGUGUAUGGUUAUUAUUAAUCUGUUCUUCUUUUAAGAAAUCAAUGAUGAGAAGGGAAGGUAUAGCAAUAGCAGUAUAGCUAAUAGCUAGCGAGAUAUUAGAUGCAGAGCCUGCAGAUUGGCGUUUCUACUUUUGUUUGCCCUCUUCCUAACCAAUCCUCCCGCCAUCCAUGCUUCAAGUUGAAGACGACUGCGAGUAAACCAAGUUGCUGUCUGAAAAAGCAGAGCAAAUUAAGCCAGAGAAGCACUUGGCCGGUCCUCUCACUUUCACUUUUCGGCUCUGGUUUCUUUCUUGGUCCCCUCAUAGAUGGAUUGCAUUCAAGAGUGGAUCUUGUAAUCUAUCAAAACGGGGCAAUUGAUAUUGGCCCUCUUCACACUAAUAUAUGGGUACCUCCUUUACUUGGACUUUUUUACUGCACUGUGGGAUUAUUACAACUUAGUGUUGACGAAAAGUUAUCUGGAUCGGCAAAUCGUGAAGGCAGCACAGAUAAAACAGCUGCUUCAUUAAUAACCCUGCUUCUGUUCAUUGAAUUAAGUGCUGAAAUGUACAAAGCUGGAGUGCCAGACAACAUUGAAGCCUACAUACUAUUUGCAGGGGCAGAAGUGGCAUGGCUGCUGCUGGAUAAGACCAGCCUGGGAUUUGCACUUGCUUGUCUUGUAGGCCUUGCUUGCCCACUGGCUGAAAUUCCGAUUAUGAAGUUAUACCAUCUCUGGUACUAUCCUCAAGCAAAUGUUGAAAUUUUUGGCGAGGGGCUGGUAACUUGGACUAUCACUUGCUAUUUUGUCUAUACUCCGUUCUUGAUCAAUCUAUCACGUUGGCUGAAAACAAUAGUCGCUGCUGCUGCUGCUGCUCCAGACGUUGAAGAAACAUGAUCCGUAUAGAUUUAUUUAUAGGUUUAUGCAUGAAGUUAGGAGCAGAGGAUAUUGUGUGCUGCUGGAGAUAAAGAGAAGUGUGUUGAAAACCAUCUUCAUAAAGUUUAAGACUGGCUCCACUUGGGAAAGACACGAUUCAUAUUUAGUUGCUUCAUCAGUUUAAUUUUGUAGGCUCUUGCUGGCA